CACAAAGAUAGGGCACUGGGAGCUGGGGUCAGGCCUCGUCAUUAGGGAUUGUGCUUUGGCUGCGUUGGGUUCACAUUGUCAUUUCACACUUGCGUUGCCAUCGUUGAUUCCGACAGAAGCCCGAAUAAAGUAUGAAGUUCAUAAAAUGUAAUUCCAAAUGUACUUCUGGUUGGAAUGCAGCAUUCUCUGUGCACUGUCUGAUCAGUGCUGCAUUAUUUAUUGAAAACGUUGCUGCUCUAGGACUACACCAAGUAGCUCAAACAUACUAUAGUUUAGAAGAAGGACUAGAUAAUACUGCCUACUGGUGGGGUGAAUGGGCCAAAUGGACAGGAUGCACCCGGACCUGUGGAGGAGGGAUCAAGACACAAGAAAGACACUGUUUGAAGCAAAGCAGAAGGAUAGCAGUGAUGACAACUGAAAACCAAACAUGUACAGGCACUUCUAAAAGAUAUCAGCUGUGCAACCUACAGCUUCUCUGGUCUCUCCCACUUCAUCAAACAUUUACUGUUUUCUCCAUUCAAAAUGCUGGAAAAGGAGGGAAGGGGAAUACGUGUCUGGUGCUGGAAUGUUAUUGGAGCUGGUGGAAAUUGCGAAAGGAAUGCCCAGCUAAUGGGAGGAGCUUCCGAGAUGAGCAGUGUUCAUCUUUUAACUCUCGUAUUUAUAAUGGAAGGACUUACAAGUGGAAGCCAUUGUAUCCAGAUGAUUAUGUGCAUAUUUCAAGCAAGCCUUGUGAUCUUCAGUGUACUACAGCAGAUGGACAGAGACAACUGAUGGUCCCAGCACGGGAUGGAACAUCUUGUAAAUACGGGGAAUACAGAGGAGUCUGUAUAGCUGGAGGGUGUGAGCCCAUCGGAUGUGAUGGAGUACUUUUUUCCACCCUGACCCUAGACAAAUGUGGUAUUUGCCAGGGCAAUGGAAGCAGCUGCAUACGAGUUACUGGCAACUAUAGGAAAGGAGCAUCUCACAUGGGUUAUUCCCUCAUAACACACAUCCCAGUUGGUGCAACAGAUAUACAGAUAAUUGAAAGAAAGAAAUCAGAUGAUGUUCUGGCUGUUGCUGAUGAGUUUGGAAACUUCUUUGUGAAUGGUGGUCUAAAAGUAGAAGGUCCAAGAAACAUCCAACUUGCAGGCACAAUUUUUAAAUAUAGGAGGCCAAUGGAUGUGUAUGAAACUGGACUUGAAUAUAUUGUGGCUCAAGGACCAACAGAUCUGGGAGUUAAUAUUCUGCCAGCUGAAGCUCUGCUUGUAACGAGUCUUGGAAUUCUUCUUGAACAGCAGGACAGAAACAGACUCAAGCUACUAAGAAAGGGUCUGGGAGUGAGCCCUGCAGACAUGUACCGAUGGAAAUUGUCAUCUCAUGAACCUUGCAGUUCUACUUGUACAACAGGAGUUGCCACUUCAUUUGCUGUGUGCAUUCGUUAUGAUGGUGUUGAAGUUGAAGAUUCGUAUUGUGAUUCUGCAACUCGACCAGAGCCAAUUCAUGAGUUUUGUGUAGGAAGAGAAUGUCAACCAAGAUGGGAGACAAGUAGUUGGAGUGAAUGUUCACGAACCUGUGGAGAAGGAUACCAAUUUCGAAUAGUCCGUUGCUGGAAGAUUAUUUCUGCAGGAUUUGACAGCUCAGUGUACAAUGAAAUGUGUGAAUCUGCUGAUCUCUUCAGGCCAUCAGAACGUAAAACCUGCAAAAAUCCAGCUUGUGGCCCACAGUGGGAGAUGUCAGAAUGGUCAGAGUGUACAGCAAAGUGUGCAGAACGGAUUGCUGUGACCAGGGAAGUGAGAUGUUCAAAUGAAGAAUGGUUGUGUGAUGAGAAAACAAAGCCACCAUCUCAGAAAGAAUGUGUUGGACCCCCUUGUGAUCGACAGUGGACUGUUUCAGAUUGGGGCCCAUGUUCUGGUCCUUGUGGGCAGGGAAGAAUGAUAAGACAUGUCUACUGCAGAAACUCAGAGGGCAGGGUCAUGCCUGAAUCUCAGUGCAGCCCUCAGUUAAAACCCCAUGCAAUACAUCCCUGUGGAGCCAAAGAUUGCUCUCCCCAUUGGCUGGCCCAGGAUUGGGAACGGUGUAAUACAACGUGUGGCCGAGGGACAAAAAGGAGAGUUGUUUUGUGUGUGGGAAUUGUGAAUGGAAAAGUUAAAACUUUCAAUCCUGAGGAAUGUGAUCCAGCUCAGAAGUUAGUUGAAGAAACAACAUGCUUCGAGCGGCCAUGUUUCAAAUGGUUUACAACUUCAUGGUCUGAGUGCACUAAAACCUGUGGUGUUGGAAUAAGAAUGCGAGAUGUGAAAUGUUAUCAGGGAAAAGAAAUUGUCCGAGGAUGUGAUCCUCUCUUGAAACCAGUUGCAAAACAAAGCUGUGAUCUUCAGGCCUGUCCUACCCAGCCCCCAGAUGACAGUUGUCAAGAUCAACUUGGGACUAACUGUGUGCUGGCAAUAAAAGUCAAUCUGUGCUCUCACUGGUAUUACAGUAAGGCAUGCUGCAGGUCUUGUAGAACUGCUAAUUCUUAGUAGAGACUGGCAGAAUAAUUGUAUCUCUCAACAUGUGAAUAAAAGAAUGAUGUCUGGUGGAAUUAGUUAUAUGCAAGGAUUUAGUGGUUUCUUCUAUCAGGAGCCCUUACUUGAUUAUUGCAAUGCCAUCAAGCUGCACCAAAAACAUCCUACUCUGUGAAACUGUCAGGUUCCCUGGAUGCACAAAGCAGA